UCAGAAAAGUCCUGACUCACACUCACGCGCGCGCGGGUCCUGACUCUUUUCACCUGGAAACGGGAACCUUUGCGGAGGCGCGCACAGGUGGAGCGUCUUUUUUAUAUGAACUUUCUAGACAGAAAAGACUUCCGACUCGUUCGUCUUUCCCGCUGGUCUCGUUUGGAACUCUUUUGGAUCUCAAGCGGCUCCCGGGAUGGAAAGAGUUAGUCUGUGGACUGAAACCCAAAACUCCCAGGAAAGAAUGAAGUAACGCGCCAUGGAGCCGGACAAUGCCCCGGGCUCCAAACUCAGAGGAACUGGAGUCGGGGGAAAAGUUGUGAUUCUUCUGGCGUUGCUGCACUGCUUUCUUGAGCUCACAAAAGGACAAUAUGUGGACGUCCUGCAGGAGCUCGGCCUCUCAGGGCGGAGAACCGGCGCCUUCACGCCUUCAGGCGUCAUCCCCUUCAAGUCAGGUGUCAUCCUCACUCCGAGGGCACGCGUCCAGGUGCCGCUGGGCACCGUUCUCCCCGCUCCCUUCAACGCCAGCAGCCUUUUCCUGAUCCUCAGCCUGUCGGUUCACCGCUUCAACGGCGCCGCUCUCUUCUCGCUUCUGUCCAGGAGGAGGAAGGUGCAGCUGAGCGUGCGGUUCGCCCCGGGGAAGGUCCUGGUCUCCAAGGGUCAGAAGAGCUCCGUGAGCUUGGACUACGACGUAUAUGACGGCCGCUGGCAUCACUUCGCUUUGGACAUUCAAAGCCACGGCGUUUUCUUACACACAUCCUGUGGCAGGAACAGCCUGCAUGCAGGUUUGAGCUCAAAGAAACAACUCCUGGAUCCAGAGGGUUUCUUCCUGCUGGGCAAAUUGAACCACAACUCGGUGGCGUUUGAAGGCGCCAUCUGUCAGUUUGACAUUUAUCCUUCUGCGGCGGCAGCUCAGAACUAUUGUGAUCACAUUAGAAGACACUGCAGAGAGGCCGACACGUACCGACCCUUGCUUCCCGCCCCGCCGCCACCACGUCCAGACCCAAACAUUACUGCCACCCUCGCCCCAACGCCGAAGAUUUUACCACCGAAUGGCCAAAUCCCAGAGCGGGACCAAACAUCUGCGCCUCCAAACCCAGGUGUCACAUCUGUUCCUCCGACAGCUCAUUUCACGUUGGAAAAACCCUCAAAGUUUCCAACUCAAACUGUUACUCCUUCUCCUCGGAUUAGUGUCACUCUCCCAAACCCGAAGCGAAACUCUCACAGCAGAAAGAAGAUAAAGCCAGGAGCCACUAAACCCCCAAAGCCUUCUGGGAAAAGUCUAUAUUCACCGGGGUCUCCUUCAAACUAUCACCAAACCAAAAACCAGCUAAUCGGAGCAGCUGCUCUGCAGCCGGAGCCAGAAGGGACCAACAUGCUGGGAUUUGAACCCACGACUUUGGUUUGGGUCACAGAUGGCUUCCAAACAUUUGACCUUGACCCGACCCAGUUCUCGCCGCUCGCAGGACCACCUGGACUAAAGGGAGAACCAGGACCGCCGGGCCCUCCAGGAUUUUCAGGGCUGCCAGGAAAACCCGGCAAGAGGGGCCCAAGGGGUCCUCCUGGUCCUCAUGGAAAUCCUGGCCGUCCUGGACCCCCAGGAAUGAAAGGACACAAAGGAGACCCCGGACUUUCUCCUGGUCAAGCUCCAAAAGGGCAAAAAGGAGAACCUGGUCUCGUCGGCCCCCCUGGACCACCUGGACAUGACGGACGAAAGGGACAAAAGGGUCACUCGGGUCCAGCCGGCCUCCCAGGAGAACCUGGUGAUCGAGGAGAUGAUGGAAGUCCAGGAGCCAAAGGCUAUCCUGGCAGGCAGGGGUUACCUGGACCAGUAGGAAGAAUGGGACCAAAAGGACUCAGGGGUCACAUCGGCUUUCCUGGCCUUUCUGGUUUUCCUGGUCCUGAUGGGGAGAGAGGAAUACCUGGCGUUCAUGGGAAGAAGGGCGAGAUGGGUAGGCCGGGGUUUCCUGGAGAUUUUGGAAAGAGAGGACCUCCUGGCCCCGAUGGAAGCCCCGGUGAGCUGGGAGCUCCAGGCCCAUGUGGAGUCACCGGUCUAACUGGAGAUUUGGGUCCUGUGGGCACGAUGGGUCUACCAGGACCUCCUGGACUGAAGGGGAUCGUUGGAAAUCCAGGUGAAGCCGGACUGGAGGGUGAUAAGGGUGAUGAUGGCUCACCGGGAGAACAGGGGGAACGUGGUUUCCAAGGCGAUAAGGGCAACAGCGGCUCACCUGGGCCGCCGGGUCCACCUGGGAAGCCUGGACUGCAGGGCAAACCGGGGGAUAAGGGCCCUGCUGGUGCUCCGGGUCCUCCUGGCACCGAGGGGUUUCCAGGUGACAUUGGUCCACCUGGACUCAACGGGCCUGAGGGCCUGAAGGGAUGGCGAGGAGUGAAGGGCUUUCCGGGUCCACCAGGAACAUCUGGACUUCAGGGCGAUGUGGGACCGCCUGGACCAGCUGGGAUUUUUGGAGCUGAGGGCAGACCUGGGAAGCAGGGACUGUCUGGACCGACCGGCCCGGACGGACCCAAGGGGGAGACGGGGAUGAGCGGCGAGGUCGGGAAGCUCGGCGACACGGGAAUACCCGGCUUUGUCGGAGCCAAUGGAGAGAUGGGUUUACCGGGGGAGAAGGGGGAUCGAGGAGAAACGGGAAUCCCAGGACCACCAGGUGAACCGGGGAAGAUGGGUCACUCCGGAACACCUGGAGAGGUCGGACUACCUGGACUUCAGGGUCUCCCAGGCCCUCCUGGUUCUCAGGGACUUCCCGGCAUCAGAGGACCCAAAGGCAGCAGGGGUCCAAGAGGUCUGGAUGGUCCGGCGGGAGACCCGGGUUCUGCAGGGGUUCAGGGUCCUAAUGGUCCACCAGGAAAAGUGGGGACCCCUGGGGAGAUGGGAAAGCUGGGUGAUCCGGGUGAUUCCGGUCUGGAGGGAUUCCCAGGUGUCAUGGGGCCAUCAGGACCUCCAGGAGCCAAAGGGAUCUUAGGACAGCCGGGGCCAGCGGGGCCUCCGGGCAGGAUGGGACCGCUGGGGGAGAUGGGGGCGGCGGGGUCAGCAGGGAAAGAGGGACGCCCAGGAUCACCCGGAGAGCCCGGACAGAAGGGGGACGUCGGUCCAGACGGCAGCAUCGGGGAGCAGGGUUUGUCCGGUCGGAGAGGAGAACCAGGCUUGGAUGGAGAGCCGGGGCCAAGUGGAGCUGAUGGAGCAAAGGGUGAAAAGGGCGAGCCCGGCCCUGAAGGCCCCAGAGGAGAACGAGGUGAAAUCGGCUUUAAAGGACAGGAGGGAGCGUCCGGGCCCGCUGGACUGGUCGGGCUGAGGGGUCAGGAGGGUAAACCCGGUAAAACUGGGGAGAACGGGAAUGCCGGACGUCAGGGCAGCAAAGGUCAGCAGGGUCAUCCUGGUGAAGCCGGACUGGUGGGUGAGCGGGGAGAGCCGGGGUUUGCUGGACCGAAAGGAGCCAGAGGAAGCGUGGGCUCAGCGGGGGCUCCUGGAGGAACGGGUCAGAGAGGUGACCCCGGCCCGGCUGGGUAUAAGGGUCACAUGGGACCACCGGGACCACUGGGACCUCCUGGAACGGAAGGUGAAAAGGGAGGGACGGGGGAGGACAGUAAGGUGGAGGGUCCUCCAGGUCCUCAAGGUGACACAGGUCCUCCUGGAAACCAAGGAGACAGAGGAGAUCCGGGUGACCCUGGGCGCAUUGGUCAAGCUGGCGUGGGUGGACCCCGAGGUGAAACUGGCCCCCCAGGCCGGCCUGGUCAUCCUGGUCCCAAAGGACAUCCGGGGCUAAAAGGAUCCAAAGGUGAUCAAGGCCUGAACGGGAAACCCGGAAUGCCUGGAGCUUCUGGAACUAAAGGACCUUCAAAGGUCUUCCUGGCCCUCGUGGGGUUUCAGGUUCAGAAGGACUCGAAGGUCCACCUGGAGUCGAUGGUCCACCUGGUAAAGAUGGAGGUGAAGGAGUCAAGGUUUAUCUGUGUUCAGGGGGAACAAGGAGAAGAUGGAGAGACUGGCUCACCUGGAAAAUCUGGCCUGCAGGGUCCAAAAGGUGUGAUGGGACUUCCAGGAAGUCAAGGUUCUUCUGGUCCAAAGGGGGAGAGAGGUCUGCCAGGCCAGACGGGUCUGGCGGGGAAGAGGGGUUCUGUUGGUGUGACUGGAUUUCCAGGAAGACAAGGAGAUCGGGGAACGAAAGGACAACCAGGAGACGGUGGCGAACAGGGAUUUUUAGGGGUCACGGGCCCGUUCGGACCAAAGGGACCCCUGGGAGACGUCGGCCCCGCAGGAAUUCAGGGACCAAAAGGACCUCGAGGUUUGAUGGGCGUGGAGGGAGUCUCAGGUCCUGCUGGCAUCGUCGGGCCCAGCGGUCAUCCGGGACCCCAAGGUGACAAAGGAGGUCGGGGGGAGCCGGGUUUGUUGGGGCCAAAAGGAUCUCCUGGACCUCAAGGACCGCCUGGACCACCGGGUCUCCCCACUUCUGCCUUUGUCCUCAAAAACGAAGCUCUGGAUGCAGCUUUUGAACUCCUGGUCGAUUCCCACGCCGCCCUUUGGAAGGAGAAUCAUCAGCGCGUGGAGAUGCCGAUGCUGGAUCAGGGUCCAGAGAUCCUCAAAACCCUGCAGCAUCUCAGCUCUCUGGUUCAGAGUCUGAGGAACCCUCUGGGAACCCGGGAGAACCCUGCUCGGGUCUGCCGGGACCUCUUCCACUGUGAGCAGAGGAUGCGGGAUGGAUCCUAUUGGGUCGACCCAAACCUCGGCUGCAGCGCCGACAGCAUCGAAGUGACCUGCAACUUUAGUGCUGGUGGACAGACGUGCCUGAAGCCCGUCACCGUCUCCAAGCUGGAGAUGGGCGUGGACCGGAUCCAGAUGAACUUCCUCCACCUGCUGAGCACCGAGGCCGUGCAGCACAUCACCAUCCACUGCCUGAACGCGCCGCUGUGGGCGGCAGGAGCGUCUCUGCGGCGUCUGUCCAGGACGGUGGGAUUCAGGAGCUGGACGGGGGAGCGGAUCCGAGAGGGGGGCCCGCUGGAGCCGCUGGUGCCCACCGACGACUGCUGGAUCAAAGAUGGCCGCUGGCAUGUGGCGCGUUUCGUCUUCCAGAGCGCCGACCCGAACCUCCUCCCCAUCGUGGACGUGUACGACCUGCCGACUGAGCCCGAGGCCCGCUUCCACCUGGAGGUCGGACCCGUCUGCUUCCUGUAGGACGCUGAGGAGUUUUGGACCAGAACCACAGAAACAAUCCUCUUUUGUGUUUCAACCAAACAUGCUGGGACUGCAGAGACCAGGAGGCAAAGAUCUGUCAUCAGAACUGCAGAGACCAGGAGGCAAAGAUCUGUCGUCAGAACUGCAGAGACCUCCGUAAGCUCCUCCCUCUCAGAGACGUCUCGUUGGUUCCUCCUCCAACAUCUCCUUCAUCUCAGGCUCGGAUGUAGAUUUUCUUUAAAGGUCCGACAGGAAGAACGUCUCCGUUUGAACUGAAAUUUUCCGUCUGGGAUCAUUUUACGAAUCUUUAUUUAUGUUUGUCUGUUGUGUAUAUUUUGCUGUGAAGUUCUGAUACUUUGAGGAGUCAUUCAGGUGUUUCUUUGAGCCUCUAUCUGCCGUCUGGUGGAGUCGGUGCAGAAAUCUCCGGCCGUGUGGAGGGAGUUUCCCUCACGAUGCUACCUCGAUCUCACCUCACAGGAACAAACGUCACCGCCGCCAAACGUCUGGCGACCUGCACAGCUGCGCUGGAGCUUAAAAAAAACGGAUGUGGAAGCGUGUGUGGUAAAAGCUCUUUUAUUCUGAAGUUCUGAUGUCGCCGUGGUAACCGAGCUCGACGCUUGACUUGUACAUUUGACGUGAAGUGAGGCCUCGAAUGGAUCAAUAAACAUUUAAAGCCUUCUGUCAAACUGA